UUUAAGGGAUUACCUGUGUGCUGAACCUACACACACACGCCAAUAAAUACAAAUCACCAGCCUCUUAUCGGCAAUAUCGCAGUUGUUGACGUGCAAAGUGCCGCGAAAGCGUCGGUGAAAAUUCUCACAAUACAACAAAUAAAUUUCGCUGGAAAGUCUGGAAAGUACUUUCAAGCGCGACAAUGUUCCAGAAAUCGAAAGUUGUCUCGACUCAUUACAAGCGCUGAUCGCAGGUGGGAAGUUAAUUGCCGCAUUGUGUUUGGAGUUGACAAACAAAACAUAUUUAGCAGUGUACGAUAAUUUUUUACAAAUACAACAAGUGUAUGGAAAAAUAGUUCCGGUGUGGUGACAAACGUUUCAUUUGCAAUGGAUAAGUCGAAUUUCCGGCUCUUAGCCGGCUUAGUAUUAUCGCUUAGCUUGUCGCAGCACACUUGUCGCUGUCAACAGAACUCACUCUUCAAUCAAUCACCGUUUCAGCGACAACAGCAGACGCAAUUACGACAACAAUUACAGCAGCAGCAGCAGCAGCAACAACAGCAACAACGCCAACAGCAGCAAGGCUUUCCGAACGCACUAAACACGCUGCAGCCGCUUGGCACGACUUUGGGCGCAAUUCCGCCAAUCUCACCGCUCGCCAGCAUAGUGCCGCAGAAUCCCUUUCGCAUCUACAAUCGACUGGACCAACCGAACUACGUGCCGAUCACCGCCUAUCAGAACGAACUCAACUACGACGGCAGCUUUUCAUAUGGCUACGCCUCUGCAGAUGGCACGACCGCUCAAGCGCAGGGGUAUGUAAAGAAUCUGGGCCUAGGCGAAGAUGUGGAGGCGCAGGUGGUGCAAGGUUCAUACUCGUACACCUCACCGGAGGGCACACCCAUCACCGUACGCUACAUCGCCGAUGAAAAUGGUUUUCGUGCUGAGGGAGCCCACAUACCAACGCCUCCCCCCAUACCCGACGCAAUAGCCAAAUCACUUCAGUACAUCGCGAGCGUGCAACCCUACCAGCAAGCAGGCAACCCCAAUUUGAACCCCUAUCAAACACCCUUUCGACAAUUGGCCGGCGGUCAGCAGCUAAGACCCGGCCAACAACAACAAUUGACGCCAUUUCAACUACAACAACAGCGUGCAUACCAGCAGCAACUAGCCGGUCAGCUGCAACCGCCCUUCGCGCAGUUUUCAGGCGCUCAGCAGCAGCCACAAGCUAAUGCUUUCUUCGGCGGUGGCAUCGGCGCUGGCUUGGGCGGCGCUGGUUUGGGAGGUGCAGGCCAGUUUCCGGGUCAGUUCGGCGAUUUGAGUGGUCAAAACUUCACGCAGCAGCCGCAGAAUAUACAACAUGAACAACAACAGCAAGCGUUGCAACAGCAGCAGCAACAGAAACAUCAACAACAACAGCAACAGCAGCAGCAGCAGCAACAACAACAGCAAUUGGCGACACAAGAGUUGCGCUCACGGCCCAAUCAGCUGGUGAACCCUUUCGGCUACAAUCAAUAUCGCCGCUACAAAAAGGCCGCACAGACGAAGAACUAAGCAACCAUACCAACAACUACUUACUCAUACGUAAACAGUUACCUGCGGGUUCUAUAUUAGAUAUAUAAUAUUAGAUUUCAUAUUUUACUUACUUUUUCAAUCGUUUGCUGCUCAAGUUAUUUCGCUAAGUGUUUUAAGUUUAAUUCAGAUACAUUUUUUGUGUGUGUGGUUUUUUAAUAAA